CCGGCAUGCCGUGAUUGUACGGAGAAAGCCGGAGGGCACGUGAACAAUACGUGAAAAAAAGGUUCCGCCGAGUAUCCAUCCCCAACGACUCAGGGGCUCAUUUCUUGCCCCUAGCUCCUUUCCCAUCUACCACUUCCUCACUUUUAUUUCUCCAAUUUUUCACCGUCACUUGCCAGGUAUUCGUUGUCGUAGCUCUCAUCGACGAUGAAGGAACUGUUGACCGAUAUAAUUUUCAGCUGAGGCCCCUGUCAGCAUACCUCGAACAGCGAACAGCGAAUACGAUGGUCGACCCACAGAGUUCGGAAAAGGAGGCUAACGUUGAUCAUAGAGCAGAGGCGGCCUCCGUCGUCAAGGAAGAGGACGUCGUGUCGCGCGAUGAGCAGGAAAAGGGCAGCACCGACGACACGAAGAAUGCACCCGAAACUUCUGAAAUUCGUGCCUCGUCGCCACCCCACAGGCCCUUGACUCGCUCACGAACGGGACGUUUAUCGAAACGACGGGUACUCGAGGAUAACGCUCUCGAUCGUGACAGCGAGUCACCUCCACCGGCGAAGAAAUCCCGUACCUAUCGUAAACGCGCUUCUCAAAAAGGACAAGGCGAGGCAGCCAGCGUUCCACCACCGACUCCGUCUUCUCGCGAAAAUUCUGCAGCCAGUUCCUCCGCGGAUAUACCCGCUCCAAAUUCGAACAAUGUAACGUUCCUGGAUGGGUUGGAUGAUUCGAAUGCACCCGCAGAGCGUCGCGGUCCCCGGUCACGCGCAAAUUUACCGGUCCCAGUCCCCAAUCUUACCAAGAAAAGUCGCGGUCGAAGGGUUCCUACAACGGUGGUGUUGCAACCGGAGGAUUUGAAGAAGGACAAACGGACAUAUGUUUGUUCGGUGGAAGGUUGCGGCAAGUGUUUUCAUCGAGGAGAACAUCUGAAGCGCCAUAUCCGCUCCAUUCACACGCACGAGAAACCAUUCAAAUGUACAUACCCGGCUUGCGAAAAAUUCUUCAACCGACAUGAUAAUCUCCUCCAGCACCUCAAAGUUCAUACUCACAACAAACGCCAGGUCCCCAGCGAUGGCAGCGCCGAUAGCCUUCUGGCUGAUUCAGCUCAAAAUCACGCCGAAUUUGCCAAUGCUCUGGCUGCCAACAAUCCUUCCGCGUCUUCGAGCCUCCUUGCCGCUCUUCAACAACAACAGGCGUACACACCAUCCAUGGUGGCUCGGUCGUACGGUUUGCCUUCUGAGGAACUUUUCACGAAAACGAAUAUGGCAGUCUCGUCUGUUCGUACAGAGAUGCCCCAGUCGCCUCCACGGAUGGCCAUCGCCACCGGACAAAACUGGCCCCAGCCGUAGUGUAGUACCAUCACACGCGCUUUAACCUACGAUAUUUAACCUUUAUUGAUUCAGAUCUGCUUUGAUAUGCCUUUGGAGCUUUCACUACCCAUGCCGACUCGCGUUCUUUUUUGUUAUCCAUCCAUCAGACUCGGCAUAAAUAUACCAGCUCGUAUGCCUCGCGAGGUAAAUCGCUAUGGACUAUGUUGUAUGGCCUACUAUCCAUUGUUUGUGAUACAGUACUACUACCUACAUCCUAUUAAUCUACUGUGUUCCCCAUUCGAUAACGUACAGCCAGGGAAUACAAGUCACACUACGCACUGUCUUCAUGAAAACUUUCCACC